AUGGAAGCCAAGGUUUCCCAAGGUAACCAGUCGGUACAAAUGCGUCGGAGUAGAAAAAGAAGGAAGCUUGUGCGAAACACCGACCGAAUUAGGCGUACCAGGAACAUAGCACAAAUCCGGCCAUCGGAUCCUGACUGCCCGGGGCUCGCGCGCCGUUACCACGAGUGCAACACAGCUCCAUGCCCGGGUCCACCGAGGGACCCUCGGGCUGAUCAGUGUGCUGUGUAUGAUCGAAGGCCUUUCCGUGGAAGGUUUUAUACAUGGGUGCCAUAUGUUGACGGUGAAGCACCAUGCACCCUCAACUGCCGACCGCGCGGACAGCAGUUCUAUGCUUCGUUAGCACUAGUAGCAGAUGGAACGCCUUGCACUAAACCGGGAUUCAGAGCCAUCUGCGUACAAGGCACUUGCAAGGUUAGUAAAAUUAAAGCUAAUUAUAUUCAGUAG